GUGCUGGAACUGCUCUUCCUCCAGUGCUUCUCCCGUUACUUCCACAAUAAUGAAUUUCCCCUCCCAUAACUGGCAGUGCUCAACUCCGAUCUGCCUGACAGGAGCAUCAGGGACAGUGCUGCCUGAGAAGGGAUGCUGUGAAGACACAGUCUUGACUACAGCUUUAUGGGAUCCAUAUAGAGGAGACAGCCCAAUUGGAGAUCCAUAGGCUCUGUAUCCUGCCAUCCAUUUGGCUCAUAGGUGAAUCACGGAUGGGAGAUAUGAAGACACCAGACAGAUGUGUCACAGAUAUGAGCUACAUAUGAUCCAGUGAGACAGAACACAGGACAAGGUACAGGACCAUGCUUAGGAUCUACUGAGUGAUUUCACUGGCAGGUGAUGCCAUGGCAGUAAAUCAAACUCAGAGAUCUCUGGUCAUAUCAGACAAUAAUGCAUCAGCCACAGGCAAUGCAGAUCCGUGGACAGAGCCCACGUUCACUUUGGCUGCUAAAGUUCGAGUGGGAGUCACUUGUUGCUUCUUCUUGAUAGCAUCUUGCAGCAAUGUGGCUGUUCUCUGCAGCAUCAGCGGGAAGCGAUGCAAAUCCCACCUACGUGUUCUCAUUCUCAGUCUUUCUGUGGCUGACUUGCUGGUUACCUUUUUGGUGAUGCCUUUGGAUGCUUUGUGGAACGUGAUGGUACAAUGGUAUGCAGGGGAGCUCUCCUGUAAGGUCCUCAACUUUGGAAAGCUGUUUGCUAUGUAUUCAGCUGCUUUAGUUCUGGUAGUGAUCAGCCUUGAUCGACACUGGGCUAUCCUCUACCCUCUCAGCUUUACUAGUGCUGGACAACGCAACCGUAUCAUGCUAUGGACUGCUUGGAUCACUAGCCUUCUGCUGGCAUCACCUCAGCUAUUUCUCUUUCGAUUACGUACUGCUCCUGGAGUCAACUUCACACAGUGUGCCACCCAUGGGAGUUUCACCCAGCACUGGCAGGAGACAGCUUACAACAUGUUCACCUUCUGCACCCUGUUUGUCACCCCACUAGUGGUCAUGAUUGUGUGUUACACCCGAAUCCUUUGGGAAAUCGGCAAGCAGAUGAAACACAAGAAUGAGCUUGCAAGAAGUAAAAAUGAUCUCAUUUCAAAGGCAAGACUAAAAACCCUAAAGAUGACCCUAGUUAUUGUGGCAUCCUUUAUGGUCUGCUGGACCCCCUAUUACCUACUCGGGCUAUGGUACUGGUUCCAGCCUGAGAUGAUCAACCAAACUCCUGAGUACCUUAACCACAGUCUUUUCCUCUUUGGUCUGCUGCACACCUGCACCGAUCCCCUUGUCUAUGGACUUUACACUCCCUCAUUCAAAGAGGACCUGCGAUCAUGGAUCAGAAGAGUGAGCACUCUACUGUCUAGAAAAGAAAAAAACAGUAAGCAGCUAGCUGGCUCAGAGCUGAAUAUCAAAGAUCUUACCUCAAUGGAAGGUCCAACAUCUACUGCUGUCACCAUGCAAUCAGUCUUCUGAAAGGCAAGGCAUUGGAUUUUAAUUCAUUUUGAUCUACAUAUCGACCUAGCAUGCCCAUAUAUAUACUUUUUCUAAAGAACAUUAGUAUAAGAGAAAAUAACAGUGCUUCUGAUCUAUUGAACCGAUUUACAUCCUUGUUAGUAGUAAGCUAUAUACUGACUUUAUCAGUGGCUGCUGGAAGGUGUAGUUCAACAGCUGUAGGCCCCAGGUCACACAUCUCUGAAUUAUGUACAGAAAACAUCUAACUGCUGCUACAUUUUUGUACUUUUUGCGUCAGUUUCAUUCUUUGUGGGUGUACCAGGGACCUGAGUACAUUCCCUCCCUAUUUUUAAACAGGCCCAAUUCAUAGGGGACACAUUCGGCCUUCCCAAUGCCAUGUUUGACAUAAUAAAAAUGUUCUAUCUUA